AUGCCCGUUGACCUUCUUGCCUUGACAGUGUGUGCUGGAACGGAGAAUAAGCUGAGCUCGCUCUCUGACCUGGAGCAGCAGUACCGAGCCCUGCGCAAAUACUAUGAGAACUGCGAGGUCGUCAUGGGCAACCUGGAGAUAACCAGCAUCGAGCACAACCGGGACCUCUCCUUUUUACGGUCUAUUCGAGAAGUCACAGGCUACGUCUUAGUCGCUCUUAAUCAGUUUCGUUACCUGCCUCUGGAGAAUUUACGCAUUAUUCGUGGGACAAAACUCUAUGAAGAUCGAUAUGCCUUGGCAAUAUUUUUAAACUACAGAAAAGAUGGCAACUUUGGACUCCAAGAGCUCGGACUGAAGAACUUGACAG